AUGGCUCUUUUCGACUCUGCGCCCCGCGUCUUUUUCGCGGCCGCGGCCUUGCGCCUCGUCUUGCUCGUCUAUGGUGGCUGGCAAGAUGCUCAUUCUGCCGUGAAGUACACUGAUAUCGACUACAUGGUAUUCACCGAUGCCGCGCGCUAUGUAUCGAAGGGAGAGACUCCGUAUGCCCGAGACACAUAUCGGUAUACGCCUCUUUUGGCUUGGAUGCUUCUCCCCACAGCCUGGGAAGCACCCGCGCCAUGGUCGUCAGUGACCUUUGCCUUCGGAAAAAUUCUCUUCGCGCUGGCUGAUGUCCUGGCUGGAUGGCUGGCUGUACAGCUACUGACCCGAUUCUAUCGAUUGUCACCGGAGCGCGCUCUGCGGUAUGUUGCGGCUGCUUGGUUGUGGAACCCGAUGGUCGCCAACAUCAGUACCCGUGGCAGUUCAGAGGGCUUUCUCGGCGUUCUUGUUGCCGCACUGCUAUGGGCUACCUUGACAAGGAAAGCAGUUCUUGCAGGUUUGAUCCUUGGUCUGGCUGUCCACUUCAAAAUUUACCCAUUCAUUUACGGUAUUUCGAUUCUUUGGUGGUGGGAUGCGGAACGUGAUGGCGCUGUCUCUGCUCGUGACAUUAGCUGGAUAUCUCAGGCUCUGAGAUUCAUCACCCCUUCAAGAGUGAAGUUGUCAUUGUCCGCGCUCAUCAGCUUUGCUGCCCUGAACCUCGUUAUGUAUUAUCAGUACGGCAUGCCCUUCCUCCACCACACCUUCUUCCAUCAUCUCACUCGUAUCGAUCACCGACACAAUUUCUCUCCUUACGCCACCCUGCUCUAUCUGUCUGCUGCUGGAAAUACCGAAUCCCAUUUCGAGGCACUCGCGUUUCUGCCACAGCUAGUGCUUGUAGUUGUCGCCAUUCCACUGGUACUGGCGAAAAAAAGCCUCGCAACCACCAUGCUGGCUCAGACCUUUGCUUUUGUCACGUUUAACAAAGUGUGCACAAGCCAGUACUUCCUUUGGUAUCUCAUCCUACUGCCAUUUUACCUCCCCUCCUCUGAAUUCAUCCGCAAGCCUGCUUUGGGAAUCUCGGCUGCCCUUUUGUGGGUUAUCGCACAGGCUCUCUGGCUCCAACAGGCCUACAACUUGGAGUUCCUUGGUCUUUCCACCUUCGUUCCUGGUCUCUUUCUCGCUUCCCUAUUCUUCUUCGCUGUCAAUGUGUGGAUUCUGAGCAUCAUUGUCGGCGAUGGAGGCGAAAGUAUGGAUUUAUAUUUCCAAGACAAGGAGUGA